AUGCCUCAAGUUUUCCUUUCAGGCGCCAAUGGCUUCAUAGCAGCCCAGAUAGCGAAACAUCUCAUUGAAAAGGGCUACGAGGUGAUUGGAAGUGUACGGACGGCGGAGAAAGGCGAGAAGUUAAAACGCCAAUUUGGUGUGAACUUCUCCUAUGAAGUCGUUCCUUCUUUUGUUGUGGAUGGUGCUUUUGACGAGGCCUUGAAAAAGCAUCCGGGCGUAAUUGCAUUUUUCCAUGCUGCGUCCCCUGUCGUCCAAGCAUCAAAGGACCCUGAAAAUGAUGUUCUCUUGCCUGCAAUUCAGGGAACGCAAAAUGCGUUGAAGGCGGCGCAAAAGUACGGGCCGAACAUCAGAAAGUUCAUAUAUACGUCGUCUGUCGCAUCUAUGUACUUCUUGAAAGAGAAGACAUACGUCACCGAAAAACUGUGGAACCACAUAACGUACGAAGCGGCGAAAACAGAACCAGGUUGUUUAUACCAGGGUUCCAAAACUUUUGCUGAAAGAGGCGCUUGGAAAUUCAUGGAAACCGAAAAGCCUCCCUUCACAUUCACUACAGUCAACCCAGUGUAUGUCUUUGGUCCCUUAGCUUUUGAUGAAGAUGCAGCAGGGGAUACUUUUACGUCAACUUCCGCCUUCAUUCCCGACGUUCUUAAAACUAGAAAGGGCGAGAAAUUGUUUGACGCAAAAGGAGCGGCCGUUGACGUUAGAGAUGUGGCGAAGUUACACAUUGCUGCAUUAGAAAACGACAAUCUUGCUGGAAAAAGAUUGCUCGCAUAUGCUGGCUAUUGGGACACUCAAAUUAUUUUGGAGUUUAUUCAAAAGAACUACCCAGAGCUUGCAAAGGAUUUGCCAGAAGGAACUCCCGGAAGCAGCGAAGAGGCCAAGAAGACUGCGCUGACAAUUGACAAUUCUGAAACAACAAGAUUGACUGGAAUCGAAUGGAUACCGGUUGAAAAGUCGUUCAAAGACACCAUUGAUCAGAUCCUUAGAGCCAGGGCCAGAAAAUAA